AUGUCUGUUCCCUAUGAGACCCGAGCCAACUGGUCUUGGCCUGAUUCUACGGAAGAUGUGGUGAAAGAUGAACUCGAUGCUGCAUCUGCGCCAGGAGUCUUUGCAGAGGAAGUCCCAGAAGGCGAUGUGGAAACUUCUUCUGAAGAUUUUGAACAGCAUACUCCACCUCCGACCCCACCACCUCAAAGACACUAUGCCACUCGAACAUGCAGGAUAUGUCUAGAGGAGGUACCUCCAACUCUUGAACCUCUCACUGGAGGUGUAUCCUCAAUGCUCCAUCCAGCACCCAAGGUGUCAUACAUAUCUGCUGAUCCUAGCUCUGGCCGGUUGAUCAGGCCGUGCAAAUGUCGAGGCUCCCAGAAGUAUGUCCACGAAGGCUGUUUACAGGAGUGGAGGCAUUCAGAUCCAUCCUACGGUCGACGAAAUUUCUGGGAAUGUCCUACUUGUAAAUACCAAUACCGUUUGGAAAGGAUGCGAUGGAGUCGACUGAUCACAAGCACCCUGACGCAAAUCGCGAUCACCUUCUUGAUUAUGGUCACCACUGUCUUCAUUUUUGGCUUCGUGGCGGAUCCUAUUAUCAGUCUGUACCUCGACCCAUACGACACCAUUACAUCAUUGCCUUCUGGGGGAACAGCAUUGCUACUUGAAGACGAGGAUGCCUCAUGGCUCGAACACUUUCUAAAAGGCUUGGCAUCACUUGGGCUACUUGGUUUUGUGAAAGUGUUCUUUGCUAUGUCUCCGUGGCAUUGGUGGAAUCUCAGACAAACCGGGCUCGUUGGAGGAGGUGGUCGAAGAAGGGCAGGGGGAGCAAACGGGCGAGACAGGCUUGCUGAUAUCUCAUGGACCGUUGUCAUUAUAGGCGUGAUUACUUUCUUAGCAGCCGUGUGGACAUGGGUACGAGCCUGGACAGCGAGAACUCUCGACGCUGCUGGUGACCGAGUCGCUGAUGUUCAAGGUGACGAUGAACCUGAAGAGCUCGAUGAGCCUCCACCUGCUCAAGCAGCGACGGCUGCUGAAGCUAGGGCGGCUGAAGAAACAGCUACAGCCUCGGAGAACACAGAAUCCGAAAGCCGAAAAUCCCAGUAG